GUUUAUUAACCGCAUAGUUAUUUUGAAUUUCACCUCUUAAUUUUUCGUAGUAGCAUUGUUGUCCGUUAGAUGGCGAUAAGGUUGUAUACUUUUUCUGCAAAUAGUCGUCUUGUACACAGUUCGUCAAGUGGUUGCAUUUGUUGCAGUUAUUUAACUUUUUUGCCGCCAAGUUGGUACAUUUCUUCAUUUACGUCUAAUAAGAUGCACCGACGUGUCAGCUUACUGGUUUACGACACGUGUCGGUGGAUCCUGCCUUCAACAUGCCAUUCUGUUGGUUUCCAUUCCACAACUAUAAAGGAAGCCAUCAGUGCAAAGAAAUUUGUAUUCACCAAAAGAUUUCAGGGUUUGCCGCAGUUGGACAACUUCAGUUUGGAAAAGGAAGAAUUACCUGAAUUGAAACCUGGAGAUGUCCUCUGUGAAGCACUUUACCUCAGUGUGGAUCCUUAUAUGAGACCUUAUAGCCUUAGUUGGCCUCUUGGUACCACAAUGAAAGGCGGGCAAGUAUCAAAAGUUAUAGAAUCAAAAAAUGAAAAAUUCCCUGUUGGAUCUCUUCUGGUUGGUUACUUUGGAUGGAGAACUCAUACAGUGGUUAAUCCUGAUGUUAGAUCAAAGGAUUUUAUGGAGCAGAUCACAGUUUUACCUAACUUGGGUACAUUAUGUCCUUCAGUUGGUUUAGGUGCAGUUGGAAUGCCUGGGAAUUCAGCAUAUUUUGGUUUUCUCGAAAUUUGUAAACCUAAACAUGGUGAUGUUGUUGUUGUGAGUGGAGCAGCAGGAGCAGUUGGAAGCUUAGUUGGACAAAUAGCCAAAAUAAAAGGUUGCCAUGUCAUUGGCUUUGCUGGAUCAGAUGAAAAAGUCAAAUGGUUGACAGAUGAACUGGGUUUUGAUAAUGCAUACAACUACAAAACUUGUGACUGGAAAAGUUCUCUGAAAGAAGGUGCACCCAAUGGUGUUGACUGCUAUUUUGAUAACGUUGGAGGGCAAUUAAGCGUCGCUGUUCGGAGCCACAUGAACGAUUUUGGGCGCAUUUCCGUGUGCGGAGCUAUUUCGUUGUAUAAUGACACCGUACCCACUCUUGUCCCUUGUGUUGAACCUGCCAUGGUCUUUAAACAACUGAGGAUGGAGGGUUUCCUUGUCCAUCGUUGGACUCACCGUUUUCUGGAAGGGAUGGGUCAGAUGUCAACAUGGAUUCAAGAGGGCAAGAUAAAAAUCAAAGAAACCCAUACCAAUGGUUUUGAAAACAUGCCUGCAGCCUUUAUUGAUAUGCUUAAAGGAGGAAACUUUGGAAAAGCCAUUGUCAAGGCUUAACAAGCAUUUUAUUCAUUUCCAGAUAAAUGGCAGUUGUUGGUUUGAUCAGUUAACAAAAAGCUAGACAUGUUAGAUCAAUGCAUAAUGAAGCAUAUACUGAUGAAGAUUGCAUCUUUAAAGUUA